AAUAUACGAUUUGCGUGGACAGAUUUUGGCAAUUAAUACGUUGAGUUUGUACUACUUGUGUAGUCUCCAUGGUGUGCAUCUUGAACAAUAAGUAUGGUUUAUUACAUGAUGCGCCCAUAUUGACGUAAUCAGACAUCUAUUCCAUAAAUCCUUACAACGAAGAGGAUAAGGAGUGAUUGUUUAAGAAGGAAUUGUUAUGAAAGGGCCAUGUUAUACAAAGAUUACUUGUAUUAUAAUCCCUAUUAACGUGAAAGAGUCAUAAUCAGACAUAAGUUUGUAACCAAUGCUAUAGGCACAUGAUUUUCAGUUCAUGGGUGCUUCAUAUACAAGAAAAACUAAUACGAAAAUGAAUAGACCUACUUCAAAUUCAGAAAAAAUAAGUGGAGAUAGCCAUCCUAGCAGUAAUGCGAGGCCCUUGUCUAUAGAAGGGCCACGUACUUCAAAUGAUCCAGCACAGCCAGUGCAGGAACAACCAAAACAACCUAAUGAUCUUCAAGGUCUUCUGCGAUUUGCUGUUGAAGCAUCACAAGCAGGAGGUGCGACAUACGAGCCUCAAUUUCAACCUCUGGAUGAAGAAAAGAAAAAGUUCUUAAGUGAAGCUUUAUCUUCAUUAACUGUAAAUGUUAUAGAAGAAUUACAGAAAGCUAUUAAAAUAUUAUCAAAUGUUGCGGAUCUCCGGCCUGAUGGUAACUCCUCUGAAUAUGAUGCAGCUCUUGAGCGAAUUGCAGAUUUUGUUGAUAAUAUUGACGUUGCCAAUGAUUUUUACAAAAUUGGUGGCUUUUCAAUAUUUGGCCCGUGUCUUAAUUCUUCUCACAGUAGCAUCAGGUGGAGAACAGCAGAUAUAAUUGCAGAGUUGACACAAAAUAAUCCAUUUUGUCAACAAAGAAUUUUAGAAUGCGGAUUAUUUCCAAUAUUAUUAGAAAUGGUAGAUAAGGAUCCUUCAGAAGCUGCAAGAAUCAAAUCUUUAUAUGCUAUAUCAUGUAUAGUAAGAGGACAACCAAUGUCUUUACAAUACAUGGACAAAAACGAUGGUUAUUCUGUUCUUUUAAGAGCUAUGCAAAGUUCGGUGAAAAAGUUACAGAUUAAAUCUGCCUUUUUACUCUCAUCACUUUGUAACAAAGAUAAUUCAGAUAAUUUAAAAAUUACUUUAGUUAAUAUGGGAUUAAUUGAACAAACAACUGGAUUACUUGGAUCAAAUGAUAUUUCUCCAGAAAUAAGAGAACAAUUAUUAAAUAUUCUUACCGGUUUAACAAAUAAUACCUUUUUACCAGCAUUACGAGAAUGUCGCAAACCAAAACUAUGUUUGAAAUUAAUACUUGAACAAUGUUUAAAAGAAUUAACAUCAGAAGAUAAAGAAGAAAUAGAUAUGUGUAAUCAAUUAUUAGACAAAAUAUUUUCCGACAGUGAUAUUAUUGAAGAAAGAUAAAUAUAAUAUAUUUCUAAUUGUAUUAUUUCAAAUUAUGAUUGUAAAAAGCAAUUUAAUAACAAGGAUAACAAUAACAAUGUCCCUAGAGUGAUACCGUUUGAAUGCUUUAAUUUGUUUUAUUCUAAUUUAUUAAAUAUAAGUAAAAAUGA